CUUUCCUUGAAAUCUUUGGCCUUUGAUGCGUUGAUUACACCAGACAAGGAAAGUGGCUUAAGCCGCCUGCAAUCAGCUUGUAUCGAAGGAGAUGUGGAAACGUUUACGGCGAUCCAGAGUAACAGUCCCAGCAAACUGGACAGUUUUAUAGGUCUGAAUGUCAAGAUCAGAGCCAACUCAUUAUAUUUUCCUAGUAAGUCAGUGUGGGCCGUGUUGAUAUUACAGCAGUCACCAAGACAUAGGCAGAUUUUCAAGCGUGUUGAGACAAUCUGUCAGGAGUUUCACUCUCAGUCGCUGCUUCACUUGGCUGCAAGGGAAGGACAGGUUCACCACAUUCGAAGACUAUUGGAGUGCGUCGCGGUUGUUGAUGGUUUGGAGAAUGAUUGGGAUGAACCACAGCAGACACCUCUUAUGUUGGCUGCCAAAUUUAAUGACGAGGAGGUUGUAGAAUUUCUUAUCGAGAGAGGUGCGUCUCUAGAAAUGCUAGAUAAUCAGGAUCGCACUCCAUUUCAUUAUGUUGCUGAAGGUGGAAAAGUGAGAAAUCUUUUGCGACUGAUCGAGCAUGGUGUUGAUGUUUUGCAAAAGGAUGAACAUGGUUACUCUGCUUUGCAUUUGGCUGCUUCAAAUGGCCAUACAAAUUCCGUUCGGCUGCUCAUCGAACAUGGUGCUGACGUCAAUGAAUUUACGAGUUCCUUAGAUAACCCUGGGUACACUCCUCUCAUGUUAGCUGCUGAAAAAGGACACCUGCAAACUGUUCAGGUUUUGCUACAGAAUGCAGGAGACCUACGUACAGGAAACGAAAUGGCCUGGUUGCCCUUGCAUUUUGCCGCUAAAGGAGACCAUACAGAAAUGGUUAAAUUCCUUCUUGAACAUGAUGGAAAUGUGUUAGCUGCGACGGCCCGCGGGAAAACCGUCCUUCACCUGGCCACAAGGUUAGAUCUGGUAAUGAUUCUUGUCAAUCAUGGAGCUAAUAUCCAAGCUAAAGAUAUUUUCGGAAGAACGCCAUUGCAUGUGGCUGCUGAAAAGGGACAAACCGACACAGUGAAUUACCUUCUAGACCAUGGUACUGAUGUUAACUCUAGAGACAAGGAUGGAUUGUUGGCGCUGUACUGUGCCCUAAAAGGAGGUCAUGCUACCACAGCUAAGUUUCUGAUUGACAGAGGCAGCGAAUCCUUGCUUUCAAACGAUCCAAACCUAUUGAGGUCUUAUGAAUCUGACUUGUUACAAUCCUCUGCCAGAGAGGGUUUAGUAGAUAUUGUAGAAUUCCUUUUAAACAGUGGUGUACAUGUGGAUGCCGUCCCUAGCAACGGUGAUUCCUUGCUGACUCCUCUUGAGGAGGCGGCAAGUACCGGACAUUGUGAUGUGGUGACUAUGCUCCUAGAACAAGGAGCCGACAUUAAUGGGAAUGUUAGCUCAAGAAGAGAACGUCUACGAGAAAGGCAAAUAGAGUCGUUCUCAUGGGAGGAUAGAAACUACUUGGGGAACAUAUGUCCCUUAUAUGCCGCCCUGCACGCAGGCCAAGGUGAAGUAGCUAAACUUCUAAUGGAGCGUGGAGCUAAUGUUUCAAACUUAAAAUGUGGUUCACUCCAAGCUUUAAGCGAUCUUGCUGCUGAGCAUGGUCUUUUCGAUGUUCUUAAAUUACUUGACAAUGACGUGCUCGACAACAUGGAAGAUUAUCGUUUAAAAGGUGGAGAUACGAUUUUAACGUCGGCUGUAGGUCGCAUGGAUUUUCCGUUAGUUUCUCAGCUUCUGCAAAACGGCAUGGAUGUAAAUAAAAAGAAUGAAUUUGGAAAUACGGCCCUCCAUAUCGUUUUCCCCAGCGGAAUGCGAGAUAAAAAACCUCAAAAGGCUGUGAAAAUGUUUAAGCUUCUUGUUUCGUGUGGUGCAGAUAUUAACGCCAUUAACAACACAUUUGAAACACCACUGCAUUAUGCAGUAGAUUUUGAAGCAGAGGAAUGUAUUAGCCUUCUACUUGAACUCGACUGUAAGGUAGACUUUGAAGUCCCCCUCAAAGAGUCUCCACUUAUCCUUGCAACCUUGAAAGGGAAAUGCAAACUUGUUGAAGAGUUGCUUCAGUGUGGUGCAGACGUCAACCAAAAAUGCGGUAGAGACGAACAAACACCUUUACAUGCCGUCGUAAAAAGCUUCAAUCGCCCUGCACUUGCGCAGAUUAUGUUACUACAUGGUGCUGAUUUGGAAACUAAAGACUUUGUAGAAGAAACACCUCUCACUAAAGCAUUAGAGAUGGUAGACGAGGAACUGGUUGAAGUGUUUUUGAACUGGGGUAGCACUGUUAAUACAAUGAACAAAUUUGGUGAAACUGCCCUUAUGAAGGCCGUAGAACAUCCUAAAGUAUGGAUCGUGAAGACUUUACUAGAACAUGGAGCCUCAGUUAAUGCAACCGACCAGCGCGGAAGAUCGCCUCUUCAUCAUAUGGCUUCACACGCUGUGGAAGUCUGCAAGCUUCUUCUAGAUAAUGGCUCUUGCGUCAAUAUUUCUGAUGACAACGGAGAAACACCUUUACAUCAAGCAACGUAUGAUCCAGAAAUCGUGAAGAUACUCGUUGAUCAUACUUCGGACGUGAGAGCUCUAGACAAAACAAAUCUUACUCCUCUGCAUGCAGCUUCUUACGAAGGUGUUUGUAGAUCUGUUGAGCUGCUGAUUCAACGUGGUGCUGAUAUAAACGCUGCUGAUAAUCAAGGCUGGACGCCUUUACACAUUGCAGCUGCCGCUGGAAGAUUGGAUACCGUUAGGGUUUUGAUUCAGAAUGGAAGUGAUAUCGCAGCUGUCGUGAAAACUGGUAGAACUGCUCUUCAUCUAGCAGGAAAACGUGGCAGGCGAUCAGUUGUUGAAUUGCUGAUUAAUCAUGGAAGUGACAUAAACUCAAAAGAUUAUAGGGGGCAUUCAAUUCUUGGCGCGAUGUUUAAAUGUAGAAGUUCAGAAAUGUUGGACUAUGGUAACUGGGACAUUGUAAAGUACUAUCUAGAACACGGCGGUGACAAGUUCGCUGUCGAUGGCGAUACUGGUCGAACAACUCUUCACUUUGCUGCAAGCCAUCAGUUUCUUUCCACUGUUGACGAACUGUUGGACCAGCAAUUGGCACUCGAGGCGAGAGACAAGAACGGAGAAACUCCUUUACACAGGGCAGUUGCAAGUGGAAGCGACGAAAUUAUAAAACAUCUCGUGGACAGAGGAGCUGAUGUACGUGCUGUUAACAAAAGAGGGCAGACACCUUUACUUGUUAGUUUAGCUCGUCAUAGGAGUAAUUUUUUACUUAAACUCAAACCAGACGUACAACAAGUAGAUAGUGAUGGUAACACGCCCCUUCACCUUGCUAUAUACAAUCCAAGAAAUGCACAAGAAACGUUUUAUGAUCCGUUGCCCUUUUCUACAGACGAUGUAAGCUUUCUGUUGAAAGUGGGUGCAGAUAUUCAUUCCCGAAAUAAGCAAGGAGACACCCCACUUCAUGUUGCAGCCGCGGAAGAUAGAUAUGAGAUUGCAGAGCUGCUUAUCAAGGAAGGCAGCAGAGUUAACUCAACGAACGUACGUGGACAAACGUGCCUGCACAUGGCGGGCUAUUCUGGUGCGCUUGAUAUUGUGGAGAUACUCGUUGCUUAUGGAGCAGAUUUGAAUGUUGUUGAUGAACUGGGAUGUACACCUCUUCACGUUGCAUUGACUUCUCAUCGCUUUUGGCUUGUGGAGCCUCUUUUGAAACACGGUAGUAAUCCUAAUGCAGUGGAUUAUAAAGGUUCCACUCCUCUUCACGUGGGCUGCUGCUAUGACGAUGACAAUGACGAGUUGAUGGAAUUCGCUACCAAUGAGGGCUACUGUUUUGUUUCGACAGAUGAGUGGGUGUCAAUGAUGGUCAGCUAUGAAAGGUAAACUAUGUACUAGGUAAUUUUGUAUUACAGACGCUUGUUUUGAUGAAGAAACGCUUAUAAACUAUUCCAUUCGUGAUUGUUAGAAAUUCAAACUCUUGAUCUUGUCAUGAGACAAAGGAAGGCAGGGAAGUGAAAUGAUCAUUUUACCUUAUUGAUUUAAUCCCACUAUAAAGAAAGGGUUAGUUUAUAAAGAAGCUUCGUUUUUACGUCGCUGGGGGAUCGGUACGAAAUGUUAAAAAAAUUGGUUGAUAAAAUUAAAGCGUUUCUGCGAAAAUUUGUGAUAUUUUGAAAGCAACCACGGCCUUCCAUGCCAGGUUUAAACUUGCCAAUCAUGCAAGCCACAGCAUGGCAAUUAGCUGUCACUCCUCCUUCGCCAGGGUAAAACAGAAACACUUUUAAAGAUUACGAAGAACGAUUAACAGUGCGCAAAAUAAUGGGUGAGGGAGGGGCUGGAGAAGGACGGGGCAGCGCCGCCCUAUUCCUCAACCAUGCGCUCGGUUGGCUUUUUUCAUUAUUGCUCUCUCUCUCUCUCUCUCUCUCUCUCUCUCUCUCUCUCUCUCUCUCUCUCUCUCUCUCUCUCUCUCUCUCUCUCUCUCUCUCUCUCUCUCUCUCUCUCUCUAUGACGAUGAUAAUAGUAAUAACAACAACAACAACAAUAAUAAUAAUAAUAAUAAUAAUAAUACUAGUAUCACUUGCACACACUUCGGUGUUUUAAAUUAAGUCUAGACAAAAUAAAAUUAUCCGUUUCUGAUGUUAAAAAAAAGAAGAAGCAAGUUAAAAAGAAUAAAAACUCGUAUUCCUAAAUGGCGCCCUCUACAUUUUCGAUCUCAGUGUCAUGAUACUGAGUUCCUUUUUGCCCUAGAUGCUCUAAGACAAACCAUUUGCGUCAACACCAGAGAGGCCUCCUGCACCCCUUGUUCUCAAAGCGGCUUGCCUAACCAUCUCACCAUUAAUCUCCGUGUACAUUGAUUCUGAAAACUCAUCGUCGAUCGGCCCGAAGAGUAAUGAACCCAAUUUUGCUUGUUGUGGAGUGAGAUGUUUCUGUUUGAGCUGCGUCAUGGCUUCGUCUGUUAGCGCUGACACACCACCAUUAAUCGUUCAUUCAGAAAACGCACCGCUGGGUUGAUUUGGCCUUGGAGCACAGGCUUAGCAAAUACCUAAGAUCUGUCGGAUGGUUCCGACGCCUUGCGUUUUCCGAUUCGACCUUCACGUAGUAGAUCUUGGCUUGAGACUGUUAGCAGAUUACCAUAUUGCGAUUCUGUCUCUCUUCUUCAAGAUGAAAUAAAUCUGCGUUUAUAGACAAAGUUAAAAAACCCUCCGAAUUUUCACCGAAACGUUCCUCCCUGGACAGGUUUCCCCCAGCGUAAACUCUUCAAUUUGCCGUGCCCUCUGUCUGUGCAUCCCAUCGUAAAUUUCCCCUGCUCUCCGGCUCUUUGCGUUUUUUCGAGUGCAGCUGCUUGAUCGCGUAAGCUCUGGCUUGAGAGUCCGAGAUCUCCAUAUCCCUUCGCAUCCCAGAGCUCUUUGAUUAUUCUGAUAUACCAUGUUUUCUUCCCAUAGCCAUCAAGCGAUGGUUGUUGUUCCAUUUGCGUUAUCGCCACGGCCUCGCGUUUCCAGGUUAGAAGGUCGGCGUUCAUUUGUUCCGUCCAUUUACGUCUAGGUUUGGAUUGCCUUCCGUUUGGUCAAUCAUUUCAAGUACCUUUCUUUGCGAAUAAAAACUAAUUUAAGCAGAAUAUCCUUUACUUCCUUCUCUCGUACAGCGUGUUCUUCUACUUUUCAACGCUUUUCAUCGCUAUCUUCCGCCGCCAUCUCCGCUAUCGCUGUUCAAUAAUAAUAAUAAUAAUAAUAAUAACAAUAAUGUUGGGUUAUAACCACUGGUUGCAUGAAAGUAGCACAGGGAAAGAUAACAUGCAGAAGUAAACAGUUACUCCAAAAAUUGUUGAGGUUUGUAGGUUCUUAUAUAACUCUCAAUUUUCUCAUAUAAUCCUUUUCGGUUCUCCAUAAUGGAUCGGCAAAAAUCGGAAAAUCGGCUUUGUACGCCGGCCACUUUUCAACUUGCAAAAUUUAAGGUGUCGGCCAGUAGAUUGCGGCACCCGAUUGCUUUCUAUAUAUCUUAGCUUAUUGUUUGUUGGCAAUAACAGUGUUCCAUUGUCCACUUUCUCAGCUUCAUUUAAUCGUAGAUAGUGUUGCUUUCACGUUUUACUUACAAGAAAAUUUCGUUUUUAGUGAUCUCGAGGCCAGAGAUAAUAACGGAUGUGCCCCUCUUCACCUGUGCGCUGUUUUUGAUCGAACAAAAAUUGCUCGCCGUCUCCUUAAACAUGGAGCCAAUGCCGAUGCGAGAGACAAUGAAGGAAGCACUCCUUUACACCUUGCCUCAGCUUUUGGCGAUGAUUUAGCGUCAAGAGAUAAUGAGGGCGAUAUGGUUUCGCUGCUACUUGCACAUAAAGCGAACAUCACCAUAAGGGAUUCUGAAGGAAGCAUCCCUCUCCAUACAGCCGCAGCAUUUGGUAAGACCGGAAUGGUGCGAAGAUUGAUUCUUAAAGGCAGUGAUGUAAAUGCGGUCGACAGCAAUGGAGACACACCACUGCACGUGUCUGCAGGCUCAGGGCACCUGAAUGUUGUCCGCCUGUUGGUGAAUAAUGGAGCAGAUUUGCUUGCGGUCGAUAAGGAAGGCCUUACAGCAGCGGCAUGUGCUGAAAAGUUUGGUCACAAGCAAACAAAGCAGUUUCUUGAAGAGAGUCUCUACCGAUGCUCUUAA